AUGUAUCAGUCUAUCUAUGAGUUGCUGAGGUCGCGGAGGGAAUGCAAGGAAAAUAUCUACUCAGAGUUCCCAGAUCGAAUGCAAAUGAAUGUCAUGCGCCCCAAUCAGCCAGCCAUGGAGAGUAUACAUGUUUAUGAAGAGAUAGAAAGCAUUGCCCAAAUCAUCAGCCCGUGUAAGCGACUAAAGGUGACGGGAAACAGUAAAACAGAAGAGAAAAGUUCCUCUCUACAGCCUGAUGACUCCUACCCAACCAGUACCCCAGAUGUUAAACCUGGUCAUAAGUCAAGGUCAAAGCCUCUCAAGGUUCUACAAAGUGAAGGACAGCUGAAGAUUUCUGCUUACAUGAACUUUGGCCUUUUGACAGUCCAUGUCGUUCAAGCUCGUCAUCUCCAGUCCAAGUGGAAACCGCUCUGCAACUCCUACAUCAAGAUGUCUUUGAUCCCUGACGACACAAAGAAGUCCCGCUGCAAGACAGAGAUGGUAAUUGACUCUAACAACCCACUCUACGACGAGAAGUUUUCUUUUGAACUGAGUGAGGAAGAUUACAACAAGCGACUAAUGAUCUCUGUGUGGCACCGAGACCAGGGCACAAGCGUGACCGAGUUUUUGGGCUGUAUGUCGUUUGGUAUCUGUCACCUGUUGAACCCAAGAAAGGACGUUGGUGGCUGGUAUUACCUUCUGACUGAGGAGAUUGGCCGCAAGAAGCAUCUACAAGUUUCACACAAACAGAAACCGGAACUCAAGCUACGAAACCCGGAGAACAUCCCACAGGUCAACAAGGAUGUUUGGGGAAUGGAUUCCGUCAGUGUAACAGUUCACAGAGGCAAACACGGAUUUGGAUUUUCUGUCAUCGAGUCCUGUCCAGUCAAAGUCGGCCGUGUUGAUAGAGCUUCCCCUGCUGAGAAUGCUGGUCUCCAGCCUGGUGACUGUGUCGUCCGUGUUAACAACCAGAAUGUGUCCCGAUCACAGGCCGUCAGUGUUGCCAAACUUGUAAAGCAUGCUGGCAACUCCAUCGUUCUUGACAUCCAACGCCCACGUCAGGUCAACAUUGAGACACUGGACAAGUCACCAUGGAAACAGACCCCUGGAGGUGCUGUGGAGCAACAUGACAUCCGUGCAGGCCAGGACCCUAGAGAGUCAUCCGAGGCUGAUUCUUACGAGGAGUAUAAGGAGAAUGAGAUCUCUGUCGACGAGAACCUGCUCUUACUUCCUAGCAACCUGAUCACCAGUACUCCACUUCCUCUUUUCUGCAAUGGCCACCAGACUGUGCUGACUGCUGAACGACGGAAACAGGACGCUAUGCAUCGACUCCUUAGCCUUGAGCUCGACUUCAUCGACUUCAUGCAUGCAGGAAUGCAGCGCUUCUCUCGACCACUUCGACACUGUAUCCUAAGUCAGAAACAACACACAGCUCUCUUCCAGAAUAUCGAGAAGGUGGUGACAAUAUCCGAGUACCAGGUGAAGCAGAUCAAUGACAACCGCCCCUCCAUGCUAUCCUCUGACACUGAUGGUUCCUUGAGUAGUGCUGACGGCCAGAACUUCAUGAACUUCUUAGGCAUGAUCUAUCAGUCCAAGAUGCACAUGCUCUGCCAAGCCUACGACCUGUACGCCAAGGGACUUGAUGAAGCCAACAAUGUAUUGUCAGACCUCAGGAGCAACGCAGACUUCAUGAAGUUCCUGAAGGACCCGAUCCAAGACUCUAGACAGCCCUCUAUUAGUGCCUUCAUCUGCAGACCAAUCCAGCACAUCAACGACCUGUACCAGGUGCUACGCGAGAUUUUCAUCAACACGCCUGCCGAUCACCACGACUAUAAGGAACUCAAGCAAGUUACAGAAUGGUUACAGGAAUGCACCACCAACAUCACCAACUACAGUUGUGUUGCCCGUGUCCAGAGCUUGACAUCACUGACCUCUUCAUCUAGUUCUGCACAAGGAGGCCAGCGUCUGUCUUAUUCAUCAUCAGCGUCCAGCAGUGGCAGUGAGAGUGGGUCCUCGUACAAGUCCUCUAGCAGAGGGAAGCGCUCCAACAUCAUCACCUCAGCAUCCAUGGCAACUGUACGAUCUGUUGACGCCCAGGUGGCCCGUAUCCAGGACAGCCUCGUCUUUGCAUCUGGUGUCCAGCCUUUCCAGCUAGUGCAGGAUGACCGCCAUCUCAUCUUUGCUGGAGAUCUUUUCCGUUGGGAGGGAAAACAGUGGGUCAAGGUGUAUGUAAUGCUGUUCACUGACAUGCUCCUCGAGACAGAGAGAGAUCGUGACAACCGCCUUAGAGUCAGCUGGAACCCUACAUAUCUCCGAAACAUUGCUGGAGUUGAAGGUCACAGGAAACACACCACUGAGUUAGUCCUCCAUCUCGCCACUGCCAUCAAAGGAUCCAGUCGAAACCGUCACGACCAGGUUGACAAGAUGCUGUUCCGAGCUCCUGAUGCCGAGCAGAAGUACGCCUGGAAGAGCCUUCUUGAGCAACGCAUCGUUGAUGUCCGAGGAUCUCUGGACCACUACAGCUCACAUAGUGACUGCUCAGGAUCUUCCUCCGUUACCAUCUUGUGA